AUGGCAGCGCUGCCAAAGCGAUGGGCCUGGACAUUCCUCAAAGAGGGUCUCAAGUUCCGAAUGGGCCGUCUCUACGAGACAUUCUGGAACUCACAGUCCAACGUGAAGUAUACCGUCGUGUUCCUCUACCCUGGAGCACUUUUCUGGGUCCGAUGGCGUGCCGAGACGCAGUACAAGUACAAUGUCUUCAUCGCAGACAAGGAGGUGGAACCUGACAAGAAGCAGAACCUUUUCUUCACAUCCUGGACAAAUGGCUCCGUCUUCUACUUUCCUGCAAUGGCAACUGUGCAGGACCUGAAGCAAUCUGUCUACGGGGAUGCCUCCAAGGUGCCUCCUGCUGUUCGGGCAGGCUGCCAUGGACGCAUGAUGGAGGACAGCUUCUUUGGCACGUGGGCGUCGUUGUCAUGUGUGAAGCAGUUGCUGUCUCUGCUUCGGGUUGUGGUUCCGAAUCCUGUGCCGUCUGGGGCGGUGUUGGUGGAAGCCCCACCCAGGCCUGCACCCGUAGCACCCGUGGUUGGCGUCCUUGCCGGCGGUGCAGUAGGUGCCGCUGCCUGUGGACCCGCCGGUGCACUCGUAGGCGCGGCCGUCGGUGCAGCAGCGACCUCUGGCCCGCCCCCUGGCCGGCCAGUGGUCGUGGUAGCACAAAAGGGCAAGGGCAAAGGGAAAGGCAAGUGGAAGGGGCCCCCCGCGGUGGCCGUGCAGAUGCCUCCCUUGGGAGUGUCAGCCAUCGGCAUCCCAGCGGUGGGCAUCGAGCAGAAGAGUGGGGUGACAUACUUCGGAGUCGACGUGAUGCCGGAGACUGGUGCCACCUACCGUCUUCAAAAAAGGUACAAUGAGUUCGACGCCUUGAAGGAUAGACUGGCAAGGAUUGCGCCGGGAUCGAUGAUUGAUCGCGGCUUCCCCCCGAAGCAUCUGUUCAGCUGCGAGGGUGCCAAGCUGGAAGAGCGACGGCACGGCCUGGAGCACUGGCUCAAAGGUGCCCUGAACCAUCCCAACGGCCGAGGUGCCUGGUGUUUAGAGCUGCGGGACUUCCUCGAGGUUGGCCAGAUCCACACGCUUGCACCCGGAAUGGUAGCAGAGAGUCCUGCGGUGUCGGCCCCGCCUGCACCAGAGGGAGAGGCAUUGAAGAUCGUCGUGCCGGACGGUGUGGUGGCUGGACAGGUCCUGGCAGUCACGGUCCCUGAUGGAAGACAGCUGAACUUCACGGUCCCUGCCGGCUUCCCACCCGGAUCCGAGCUCGAGCUGUGGUUCGAUCCUGCUGCAGGAGCUUCGCAAAAUACGGUCUGUGCAGCUACGGAGCUGCCAGACUGGCGCCUGUUGUUGGACGGGCGGCUGGCCAGUUCCGAUGUCCGUUUUGCCGUCCGGCUUCCGAAGGAAGACACGGACAAUCUAGCCUUGGCAGUUCGCACCUUCUGCAAGCGAGACCCCAAGAUCGUUUUGUGGGAAGAGGAGACCGAGAAGGUUGCCUGA